UUUCUGUUCAAAAACCUAAUUUGUUUUCAAAUUAAUAAAAGGUUGGAUUUCGGAACAAAAAAUUGAGGAAUUGAGCUUCCUACUUUGGGUGCUUGCAUGUAUAAAAAUUCAUUUAUGAGGUGUUCGUUUGAGCUGUUUAAGUUUUCAGUUGCUUAUGAGGUUUGUUAAUUUGGGGAUUCUGUGACAAGCAGCGUCAUGACGUCCUCGCUUCAUUAUCAUUCAGAUGGUAGUGAGAAUGAACAGCCAGAGAAGCAAUCAGAGGCUCACAGCGAGUCUUCAUCCCCUGCUACUGGAAUGUCUGUGCCUGGUAUUGCAACACCAAAUAUGCACUAUGUGAUGCCCACUCAACUUGGCAAUGGAAAUGCUAUGUUGCAGGCUCAAACAGCUUAUCCUUAUCCAGAUCCAUACUAUAGGAGCAUCUUUGCACCAUACGAUGCACAGCCUUAUCCUACACAACCUUAUCCAGCACAACCAAUGGUUCACGUUCAGCUAAUGGGAAUUCAACAAGCUGGUGUUCCUUUGCCAUCAGACGCAAUAGACGAACCUGUUUUUGUUAAUGCAAAACAGUAUCAUGGCAUCUUGAGGCGUCGACAAUCUCGCGCGAAAGCUGAGUCAGAGAAGAAACUUCUGAAAGCUAGGAAGCUCAAAGAUGAAUAUCAACUGUGCUGGACCAUCUCUGCCAGACCCAAUAUCAUACAGUUGCCGUACUUGCAUGAAUCACGCCAUUUGCAUGCACUGAAAAGAGCUAGAGGAUGUGGGGGUCGUUUUACAGCGAAGAAAACUGAUAACCAGCAGAAACAGGACGAAUCAGGUGAUAACUCACAGGUCAACAUUAAUCUUGAGUCUGAAAAAAACGAGGUUGCUUCUGCAGAGAACGCCUCUUGAUUUAUGCAGCAAUGCAAUGUCAAGGGUCUUUGUGGACCACGAAAACAGCAUGCUUUCGUCAAAGUGAAACUGUGGCAGCUGGACAAAAUAAGGGUGAUUGUGGUGUUCUGUAUGAUUAUCUCAGUAUAGAAAGAUCUGAAUAGGCUACUUGUUUGAGAGUUACAAAGUGGUCACUGGGCGUAUAUUCUCAAAAUACUAUCUUUCUGAACUUGUUCGUAUACAUUCUUCUUAUCCUGUUGAUUUGUAAUUACUUUGAGAUUUGUUCAAACUGUAGCUCUGGUAGCUUUACAAAAUAUUGAGUCAGAAAGUAGAGUUCACAACAUUUGACAUUAUGUCCGUUAGUUUAGGAAGAUAAGCUUGUAGUGCUGCUGGUUGAUGGACUCUCAUUUCGAAGAUCAUGCGUUUUUGUGUCAAUAUCUCGGUAAUAAGAAAAGUUUCCACUGUGAUUACUGCUGCUUGA